UUUUCCAAAUACUCUUCUUCUUCCUUUCAUUCAUUUGACUAUAAGUACGGGGCCUCUUAUUUGGGACGAAAGCCGAUAGCAGAUCAGCAAUGGCUUCCACUGAAGCGGGAGGAGACAAGUACCGGUCGUUCAUGCACGGCGAGAGCGAGAAGAACACCGUGUGGAGGUAUGGAGCGCCUCCCAACUACGACGUGGUGAACAGGCUCUUCGAGGAAGAGAGGACUCAGGUAUGGCCUGAGGGAUCACUGGAGGAGAAGGUGCAGCGGCUGCUCAAGACCUGGGAGAUGGAGCUCGUCCACAAGGUGCGCGCCGAGGACCAGAAGACCGUCAACUCCCAGAAGUAUUGCGCGAGCACCAACGGGAUGAAGGCUCUGACCCGGGCGGAGCUGAUGGCCAUCGGCGGCUACAACGCGUUCCUUCGAACCACGCUGCCGCCGGAGCACCGCAUCUACGACCCUGAGAAGGAGACGCUCGAGUCUAGCAUGGCGACGUUCCUGACGGCCUUCCCUCGGGGGUUCGCCAUCGAGGUGCUCGACGUCUACAGCGGGCCGCCCAGGAUCGCCUUCAAGUUCCGGCACUGGGGGUACAUGGAGGGGCCGUUCAAGGAGCACCCGCCCCACGGCCAGCGCGUCGAGUUCAUCGGCGUCUGCAUCUUCCAUGUUGACGAAGAGAUGAAGGUGGAGAAGGCGGAGUACUUCUACGAGCGUGGCAACUUCCUCGCGAGCUUCUUGAGCGCGCCUCCUGCUGCUGCUGCGUCAGGCUCAGGCUCAGGCUGCCCUCUGAUGCGGGGAAACUGAAACAUGUCACUGGGCUCAAUGCGUUGGAUCACCUUCGGGAUUGCAUUUGCUCUGAAUAAUUCUCUUCAGUGUAACAUGAAAAUGUGUUGAAUAAAGUAGCUUGUUUGUCUGCCA